AUGUCAAAAUUAGAUGCUUUAAAUCAAUUACAAUCAAAUUAUCCAAUUCCUCAACGAUUCAAUUCUAAAAUAAUCCCAGGUUCAAAUAAUCACCAUGGUCAUUCUGGUAUUUAUAGAAAUGAAGCUCUUUUACAAAAAAAUGGUGAUUUAAUCUCGUCAAUUCAUCCAGAUUUAAAUACUUUAGCUAAAUAUUGGGAUAAUUCUGUGGAAUUUUUCGGUAAUGAUCCAUGUUUAGGUACAAGAAAAUUUAAUAAUAUUAUAAAGCAAAAAUAUGAUAAUCAUUUCACUUUUGAAACUUAUAAAGAAAUUGAUUAUAGGAAAGAUAAAAUUGCAAGUGGUAUUAUAUAUUUUGUUAAAAAUCAUAAAAAUUAUAAAGGAGACAAGGAUUCAAAACCAAAUUUUAUUGUUUCUAUACUAAGUCCAAAUCGUAAAAAAUGGGUAUUAAUUGAUUUAGCAACAAAAUGUUAUUCAUUGCCAAAUACUGCUUUAUAUCCAACUUUAGGUGAAAAAUCUUCAAAAUAUAUCCUUGAAUUAACUGAAUCUCCAAUCAUAUUCACUACAAAAUCAAAAAUUGAUGAAAUUUUAUCAUUAAAACAAUCAAAUUCAUUACCAAAUUUAAAUAUUAUAGUUUCAUUAGAUGAUUUCCAUCAAAAUGAUUCUGAAUUAUUUAAUAAAGCUAAAUCAUUAGAUAUAACUUUAAUUGAUUUCUUAGCAAUUGAAAAAACUGGUGAAAGAAAUUUAUUACCAAAAACCUAUAAUCCACCAAAUCCAAAUACAAUUUAUACAAUUUGUUUUACAUCAGGAACAACUGGUUUACCAAAAGGUGUUGUAUUAACUCAUAAAAUUGCUACAUCAAGUGUCCUUGCAACAAUGAUUAAUUUAUCUGAACCAAUUUGCUCUAAAAAUUUAAAUAAUUUCCAUAAUUAUAAUAAAGAUGAAUUUCAAAAUCAAAUUAAAACUUUAACUUGUUUACCAUUUGCUCAUAUUUAUGAACGUGAAAUGAUGAAUUUUGGAUUUUCUUCAGGUUUUGCCCUUGGUGUACCAACUUUAAACCCUAAGAAUCCAUUACAAUUAUUUGAUGAUUUAAAAAUUUUAAAACCUCAUUAUUUUGCAAAUGUUCCAAGAAUUUUUAAUAAAUUAGAAUUAAUGAUUAAACAAUAUUUAAAUUUAAAUUUCCCAAAUAUAAAAUUCCCAUUAAAACCUGAAUCGGAAAAUCCAAAUAAUGAUCCUGGUUUAAUAAAUAAAAAUUUAAUAAUUUCCAAAAUUAGAAAUGAAUUUGGUUUCGAAAAUUUAAAAUAUUUCAUUACAGGUUCUGCUCCAUUAAGUAUUGAUACUAUAAAUUUCCUUAAAGAUGUUUUAGGUUCAGGUGGUAUGAAUGGUUAUGGAUCAACUGAAUCAUUUGCUGGUAUAUGUUUUAGUAAUCCUUUUGAAUCUAAAACAACAAAUUCUUCAGGUCCUCCAAAUUUAACAUGUGAUUUUAAAUUAGCAGAUGUACCAGGAAUGGGAUAUAAUUCAAAUGAUCAACCAAGAGCAAGAGGUGAAUUAUUAUUAAAAGGUCCACAAAUUUUCCAAGAAUAUUUUAAAAACCCCGGGGCAACAAAUGAAGCAUUUGAUCAAGAUGGUUGGUUUCAUACUGGUGAUAUUGCAGCUAUUGAUUCUCAGGGAAGAGUUUAUAUAAUUGAUCGAUUAAAAAAUUUCUUUAAAUUAAGUCAAGGUGAAUAUAUUACACCUGAAAAAAUUGAAAAUAUUUAUUUAUCAAAUUGUCCAUUUUUAACUCAAAUAUUUGUUCAUGGUGAUAGUUUACAAAAUUAUUUAGUUGCAAUUGUUGGAUUAAAAUUUGAAUCUGUUUUAAAUCAUUUCCAAAAAAGUGUUGGUACUACUAAUUUCCAAAAUUUAAAUGAAGUUGAAUUUAAAGAUUUAUUAAAUUCAAAUAUUGAUCAUAAGAAAACCCUAAUUAAUGAAAUUAAUAAAUAUAUUAAAAAUUGUGACUUACAAGGUUUUGAAAAAAUUCAUAAUUUCCAUUUUGAUUUCCAAGAACCUUUAAAAAUUCAAGAUGAUUUAUUAACUCCAACUUUAAAAUUGAAAAGAUUUAAUGCCAAAAAGAAAUUUGAACCAAUUUUGAAAAAACUUUAUGAUGAAGGUUCAUUUUAUCAAAAGAAUAAAUUAUAA